AUGGCUUCCACCUCCCUCCCAAACAGACAACGAGCCCUCUCGAACUGCUACGAAGACCGCCAAAAGAUCGUAGCACUCCCCGAUCUCAGACCAGGUGACGUCAAUGAAGCCGUCGCCCAUGUCCAGAACCACCUCAGGCACUACGGCUACCUUCGAGAGAACGACACCAUCACACAGAAUGUCUAUGAUCCCGUGACUUGCGAGGCAGUGAUGCGGUACCAGAGGAACACGGGUAACACAGCGACAGGCGUGUUGGACGAGCAGACGAAGAGGACGAUGAUGGCUAGCCGAUGCAACCUUCCUGAUUGCAUGAGAACUUGUGGCCAUUGA